UUACUAGGGGUUCCCACCAUCCCUGUGCUGAGGUUCUGGGUAUGCACACCUGCUGUGCCCAUUAUGAGGGGUUCCUACCAUCCAUGUGCUGAGAUUCCGGGUCUGCCCACCUGCUUUACCCAUUAUUAGGAGUUCCCACUGUCCCUGUGUUGAAUUCCUGGGUCUGUAUAUGAAAAGAAAGAAGAAGAAGAAUGAAAAGAAGAAUGAGAAGAAUGAAAAGAAGAAGAAGAAGAAUGAAAAAGAAGAAGAAUGAAAAGAAGAAGAAGAAGAAUGAAAAGAAGAAUGAAAAGAAGAAUGAGAAGAAUGAAAAGAAGAAGAAG